AUGCAACUGGUACAAUGGGAGACUAAAGAACUUGCUCUUUUUUACAGGUCUGACUUCAUGAACAAAGAACUUCUAUGUGACUGCACACCAGGUACCAAGAGUUGUCUGAAUUGUUCAACAUGCAGCCGACAUCAUUUGGGUGGCUGUAAAGAACAAUUUUCAGAGGGUAGAAAAACUAAUGAUGAUUUAUGUUCGUUCAACUGUACAAGAAAUUGUUCCCAUCUAUCAAGUGCAAGUACAAUUUCUCAAAAUUGUCCACAUACUCUUGUAUACCAACGUAAGAAGCAAUGGAGGAACUCCGUUGCUGUUUGCACAACCCAGACUUCUGGUGACACUAAGCUUAAUGGAUGUUGUAAUUCUGCGGUCAAUUCUGAAGCUCCUUCAGUGCAUUCCCAAGACCACGUGGUUUCCGCAUCUGAGCUUGCACCAGAAGCUGCUAAACUGCCAAUUGUACUGCCAGUUGAGUGCAAUACAGGGGCUGCAGAAUCCUUUAGUAGACAUCCUGUUGGAAACGAAGCUAAUUCUGAAGAAGCCUUGAGAAAUAAUGCACAAAGAGGUUUUGAUUUUAGCUGUGUUAAUGAUAAUUAUUCAUCAUCAAAAUCAAAUUUGGACCUUGGUUCUGCUCACUUGAAAACUGAUGUGGGUGAUCAAGGUGAGUGCUCCUCCUCUGGGACUUCCAUUGCCAGGAAGUUUUCAGAUGAUAUGUCAGAAAGAGAUAUAUGCAUUUCAAUUCUCAGAAGCCAGGGGUUGCUUGAAAAAGCGCCAGAAGACGCAUUAGGGCCCAUAGAACACAUGAUCAGAGACACUGAGCCAUAUAUGUCCAACGUUCGAAUUGGAAAUGAAUUUCAAGCGGAUGUUCCUCACUGGUCUGGUCUAGUUGACAAUGAAUCUAAUCCUAUUGGCGAACCAUUAGAACUUGAUCCAUUGAAGAAUACUAGCAUGCCGGAUUGGGACGCCACCAAACCUUUAAAGCUCAGUUCUAUUGGUAAUUGGCUUCAAUGUCGUAAGCUCAUUGAGGGUAUUGGAGAUGUUGAUGGAACUAUUUGUGGAAAAUGGCGCAGGGCCCCUCUUUUUGAAGUUCAAACUGAUGACUGGGAAUGCUUCUGUGGUGUUCUUUGGUGUCCAGCUUAUGCUGAUUGUGCUGUACCCCAGGAGCUAGACACAGAAGAAAUCAUGAAGCAAUUGAAGUACAUAGAGAUGUUGAGACCCCGGCUGGCUUCAAAAAAGCGGAAAUUGGAUAGUCGAAAGAGAAUUGUGCAACUGUCUUGCUUUCUCCGAGCAACUGCGCUUCGAAAAUGGCAUGUUCUCAAACAAGGCAGGACUGGUGAUGGCCUUGAGAAAACCCUAGGAGUCCUCGGCUCUGUAAUUUCAGCUUUUCGUGUUCUGAGACCAAUGGCAUGCCCUGUGGAAGUCUUCAGCUUUGAAAUCAAGUGUUUCAUUUUAAAAAAUUACCGGUACAGAGCUUAUGUCUCCCAAACCCUACCCCGCUUCUCCCUCCACCCCGCAUCCCUUACCCCUCGGGCACUAAUCAGCCACCACCGCCAUCGCUCCUACAAGACCAACCAGACACAGCUAAUCGAAUUGGAGGUCGACUCAUCAUCCGCUUCUUCCCAUCCCGACUCGCCGGAGGAGGUGCUCACAGUUGGGAUUAAGAAACUCGAGGAGGCUAUCCACAGUAUCAUCGUGCGUCGGUCUGCACCCGAUUGGCUCCCCUUUUUACCUGGGUCUUCGUACUGGGUCCCGCCUCGGAGUAGUACUAUGCGACAUCCACAUGGUAUGAUUGAGGUAAUUGGGAAAUUGGCAUCUUCUGGGGUGGGAGCGGGGAAGAUUCGACCGCAAUUUGAUCUUUUGACGGAGGAUGAAACGAUGUCUUUUACCUCUGCGCGUGGAUGGCCCUCUUCUACUUUUUUUGUUGAAGGUACUUCACCCGUACAUCCAAUUCCAUUGAUGGAAGUGGAGAGUAUGCUGGAUGAAAAUCCGGUUGCUCAGGGCUUGCUCACCCUUGUAGAUAUCUAG